AUGAAUAAGAAUAAGAAUGAGCAGAAAAACAGGGAUCAGAUGAAGCGCCGAUCACCCCCCUUGGUAUCAGCUGGCAUCAGGCACACACUUCAUAUCCUGCAGGUCCUUAGAGAGUCCUACAGCCGAGACACUAACCAGGACGACGACGGAUCAGAUGAAGCGCCGAUCACCCCCUUGGUAUCAGCUGGCAUCAGGCACACACUUCAUAUCCUGCAGGUCCUUAGAGAGUCCUACAGCCGAGACACUAACCAGGACGACGACCCGCCUCCCGCGCCCGCCAUCCUCCGGAGCAAACGCCUCCCGCCAAAAACAUUCAAUCAUGAACUCAAGACGCCAUUUAAUAGGUCUUCAUCCUCAUCCCAGAACACAACCAAAGCACAGGAACAACAUACCAACAUAACUACUAACAUAACUGCCACAAACACAGGAACAACAUACCAACAUAACUACUUAUUUAGCAAAAGCCACAACACGGCCACAGCCUAUCCACAACCGAAGCAAGAAUCACAACACUGCCACAACCACAACACAGCCACGUAUCCACAACCACAAAACAACCACAACCCCAACAAGAACCACAAUAUACCCACAACCACAACCGCCCACAUCCACAACCACAACACAACCACAACACCGCCACUGCCAGCGCUACCACAGGAGCUCUCGGGGCAUUCCUCGUGGCGUCUGCCGUCCUGGACGAAGCCGGAGAAAAUUCCGGAUGCGAAACCGAAGACGAAGCCAAUUCCGGAGCCGAAGCCGAAACCGAAGACGAAGCCAAUUCCGGAGCCGAAGCCAGUGCCAAUUCCGGAACCGAAACCGAAGCCAAUUCCGGCGCCGAAACCGAAGCCGAAGCCAAUUCCGGAGCCGAAGCCGAAACCGAAGACGAAGCCAAUUCCGGAGCCGAAGCCGAAACCGAAGACGAAGCCAAUUCCGGAGCCGAAGCCAGUGCCAAUUCCGGAACCCAAACCGAAGCCAAUUCCGGAGCCCAAACCGAAGCCGAAGCCAUUUCCGGAGCCGAAGCCAAUUCCGGAGCCGAAACCGAAGCCGAAGCACCCCACCCCACCUUCCCGGCCUCCCAUCCAUCCAGCCUCCAACCCUACCCAGCAUCCUUGCAUCUCCUCCCGCGGCCAUCGGGAACUCCAUCUCGUGCGCCUGGUGUGUCGCCGUCGCCAGCUGAUCGUCAGAUGUGUCAGAUUGAGUGACCGUUACUGCCCCAUCUGUCAGCGGGCUAGUGUGACCGGAGUUCUUUAA